AUGGGUAACGUGUUCGUCAUAGCAGCCAUCAUAAUCGAGAGGAAUCUGCAGAACGUGGCCAACUACCUGGUGGCCUCGCUAGCGGUGGCUGACCUGAUGGUGGCGUGUCUCGUGAUGCCCCUCGGAGCUGUCUAUGAGGUCAGCCAGGGCUGGAUCCUGGGGCCGGAACUCUGUGAUAUGUGGACUUCCAGCGACGUUCUUUGCAGCUCCGCUUCUAUUCUCCACCUCGUCGCUAUCGCUACUGAUAGGUAUUGGGCUGUGACAGAUGUGGACUACAUCCACAUACGUAACGAGAGACGAAUCUUCACGAUGAUCUUCCUAGUGUGGGGGGCGGCGCUGGUGGUGUCCCUCGCGCCACAGCUGGGCUGGAAGGACCCCGACUACCUCGCCAGGAUCACCCAGCAGCAGAAGUGCCUCGUCAGCCAAGAUCUGGCGUACCAGAUCUUCGCUACUUGCUCCACGUUCUACGUCCCCCUCGCCGUCAUCCUUAUCCUCUACUGGAAAAUAUUCCAAACAGCCCGAAGACGCAUCCGAAGGAGAAGAGAACCACCUCCACCCAGACCAACCUCCGCAGACGGUGCCCCACCUUCAGGAAGACCUGUCCAAUCAGCCAGAGACAGGAGAUUCGUCAAGAAACGCUUCCUGAACCUCAAAAAGUGCAACCAACGCACCAGAGCAGAAACCUUAGCGGCGGCUCUGCUCCUCACCGAAGGACAGAGCACCUCCACGGUCGACACCUUGGACGAGGAGCCCAGAACCACUGCGUUCACCGUCAACGAAAAGGCCCCGGCAAGUGUGUCGCCAGAAAAGUCUUCCUCGACCGUUACGAAUGGGUCGAAACAGGAGCGGGCUAUCGUACCCGCUCCCACGCAUAGAGAGAAGAAGGAGUCUUUGGAAGCAAAGAGAGAGAGAAAGGCAGCGAAGACGCUGGCGAUCAUAACGGGGGCGUUCGUGUUCUGCUGGCUGCCGUUCUUCAUAAUGGCGUUGAUAAUGCCGAUCUGCCAGACGUGUGUGAUCAGCGACUACUUAGCGAGUUUCUUCCUGUGGCUCGGCUACUUCAACUCGACGCUGAACCCCGUCAUCUACACGAUAUUCAGCCCUGACUUCCGCCAGGCGUUCGCGCGGAUCCUCUUCGGCACGCAUCGGCGCGGGCGCAAUAAAAAAUUCUAACGAAAAUGUCCCUACUAUGUAUAUAAUUGAGUCAAAUACGACUACGGACUAUGUUAUUCUCCUACUUGUAUAAUAUUUCAAAGCUUUCUGUAUGUUAUACAUACUUAUCGUUAGUAGUGAGUGUAAAUACGUUAAGACGGAGGUUUGUAAAUAAUAUUAUAAAGGUAUAUACAUUAUAGAUGACGUUGAGAAUUGUUUUUUUACGCGUUAUAGUCUAUGCAGCCGCGUUGGCGUCGCCCGAGAGUCCGGGGCGGCCCCCUCGCCAGCUCUUAUGUUGUUUCAAGUGACAUUACGAAAUAAAUAUUAAAA